GGGACAACCCAAGCACAGUCGUCCCUACGCGCACGACAAUCGCCAGACAAUUAACACGCUAACAACCAACACGAAAUGCAAUAGAUAAAAACUUCCGCAGCAACAACAACAACAACAACAACAAACCAAGACAAAGCACAAUACAUCACGAACACUGAACCAUUUCUCCAAACAGACACAAUGAAUCUUCAGUCGCAAGUAAUCGCACCUGCCAGACCUGCACUUUGUCCAAGAUGGGCACUUGGUCUUUGCCCCUACGGACACCACUGCCACCUCGAUCAUCCCAACAAUCUAGAUCCGACAAUGCCAAAGGAAGUCGAUUACAAGGUAUCCAACGAGCUGGGUGAGGCUUGCACAAGAUGCUUGCAAGCAGCAAUCAAGGUACGCAGCAUCCUGCUCACUUUCUUGCAUUUAUUGAUGCUGACAUGGAUGCAGUGUGACAAGCAAGGACGCGAUUCUGGAUCCGAUGACCCUUGCUCAGAAUGCCGUUGGUUUGGUGGAGCCACCUGCAACUGUACUCUCUCCAUGACUAGCUCAUACAACGAUGCAUUGUGGCGCGGUAUGAUGGGCAGACGCGACUCUGACUUUGACCUCGCGCAGCCCAGAGACAAGCAAGCUGCAUUCUCUAAUGGCAGAGUCCCGGCACCAAUGCCUGAUGACAGGCUCAAGAGUAACUGGCAGGGAGCCUCCAAAGACGAGCUCCUCGCAAGAAAGAACAUGUUGCCUCCGGAGGUUCGUCGUCACCCAAGAGCCUACCUGGUUCCCCCACGUGAAAGCAACACAAAGAAGAAGUCAACAGCCUUUCUGUCACGCAGCGGCGCCCAUGAUUCGAGUAGGAACGUGAGCAUAUCUUCCAGCAACACAUCGAUGGCACCAAUGCCAUACGGAGGAUUACAGCAGCCACCCCCUCCGCAACCCUCAGCAUACCCCCAAGGCAACGCAGUGGUAGCAUCUGCAAUGCAUUGGCCGACCGGUCAACGUAUUCAGCACUUCCAGUCGGGCCAUACCGUCAUCAGCCCACGACAGAACAUGUUCCCCUUGCUGCAGAACACAUUUUCUGCUCCAGCAUACGGUACCAACCCUACUGUGAGUCACCUCCAUCUGUUUUUUAAGUGUACGAAACCGAGGUUUGCACCAAAGCCGAAGCUCCAGGGAGGUCUGAGCAUUGACCUAUACAUCAAAAAUCAAGAUGUUUCUGAUGAUGGGGUACACGUUCGUUGAGAGAGCAAAGUUCAUCAAGCUCUCUCUGGCCAUUGUACCUACAUGAGGAUCAUCUUGCUUUUCGAUGGCUGUUUGCAAGGAAGUUCAACUCUGUCUCAAACUCUCUGUCCCUAUAUUCAAGUUAGUCAAGACU